CGCGGCUCCGUUGCCUCUGCGUGUUGUCGGCUGGCUCUCGCGCUUGCGCCCUGCGUGUGCAUAUCUGCGUGUGCCCUCUCCGCGCAGCCCGGGGGGCGGUGCGUGCUUGUCGAUAGCGGCUGGUUUCACAGCGUGUGCGCCAGCGCGACGACCUCAGACAAGAGACGGCAGCCGGGCCCGCGCCUGUGAUGUGACGCGGCCAUGGACACGCUGGUGUUCAAGAACGGCGGCGUGUUCGCGCCGGCGGAGCCCACCAUCAACUGCAAGACGUGCAAGGAGCGCCGCCGCCAGCGCCAGCGGAGGGCCUCCGCCGGCCAGGACGUGGAGCAGGAGCAGCGCGCCCGAGACGCCGGACCAGGUGAGCUGAAGAAGCUCUCGGAAGAAAGCCUGACAAGACAGCCGGAGGAAGUAUUUGAUAUCAUAUGCAAGUUAGGUGAAGGGUCCUAUGGCAGUGUCUAUAAGGCUUUGCACAAGGAAUCGGGCCAAGUGUUGGCCAUUAAACAGGUUCCUGUUGAUACUGACUUGCAGGAAAUCAUCAAAGAAAUUUCCAUUAUGCAGCAGUGUGACAGCCCCUGGGUAGUGAAGUACUAUGGCAGUUACUUCAAGAAUACUGAUCUUUGGAUUGUCAUGGAGUAUUGUGGAGCAGGGUCAGUCUCAGAUAUUAUGAGGCUGCGAAAGAAGACCUUGACGGAAGAUGAAAUUGCAACAAUACUAUGUGAUACUCUGAAGGGCUUGGAAUACCUACACCUGCGAAGAAAAAUCCACAGGGAUAUUAAAGCAGGCAACAUUCUGCUCAACACAGAAGGGCAUGCUAAGCUGGCAGAUUUUGGCGUGGCUGGCCAACUGACGGAUACGAUGGCAAAACGGAAUACUGUAAUAGGAACACCUUUUUGGAUGGCACCCGAAGUAAUCCAGGAAAUUGGCUACGACUGUGUGGCUGAUAUCUGGAGUUUAGGAAUUACGGCUUUAGAGAUGGCUGAGGGAAAGCCACCAUAUGGUGACAUACAUCCUAUGAGGGCGAUAUUCAUGAUCCCCACAAAGCCGCCACCUUCAUUUAGAGAGCCAGACCAGUGGUCACCAGAAUUUAUUGACUUUGUGAGUCGGUGUUUAGUGAAAAAUCCAGAAGAAAGGGCCACAGCUACUGAGCUAUUACACCAUGAAUUUAUAGGAAAUGCCAAACAGCCAAACAUAUUAAGUCAGAUGAUUGCAGAAGCACGUGAAAUACGAGAAAAUCAGAGUUACAGAAAUGUAGUGAGCUCUUCAGCUGCUGGAGCUGCUAAACAAAAUCAUGCAGAUGAAUCAGAUGAGGAUGAAGUUGUAAAUAACAAAACUAUGCUGCAGUAUCCUGCAGAUUCUGGAACAUUAGUGCCAACACGCGAUGUUGUCGAUGGUACCUUGGUGCCUUGUCGGGACAAUGCUACUUUGGUUCCCAAUAGUGAUGCUGGAACAAUGGUUGAACUGCAGUCCAAUCUGGGUACAAUGGUAAUAAACAGUGAUACUGAGGAGGAGCCUACAAUGAAAAGGCAUGACACAGGUCCAGGUGAACUGGGAAAAAAGUAUCGCCCACUAUUUCUCGAUCACUUUGACAAGAAAGAAGCUGAGAACAUAAAGGGUGGUACUCAAGCAGUUGCUUCAACCCAGACAUUGAACACUGGGGACGGAGUGCCUGCGGCCUUGCCUGUGGUGAGCGGCAGCUCCGUUUUGAACAACAACAGCCCACACCCGCAGACACAGCCUCAGCCCCCAACGCAACCACAGCUUUCCGCCGAGGAGAGGCAGCGUUUUCAGAGUCACCUCCAGCGCCAGUUAAACCAAAUCUCUGGGGCAGGUGCAACUGGAAUACUGCAUCACACACCUGUGCCACCUCCAAAUCCAUUCCAGGUGCCACGACAUCAUCAUGAAAACCAAGCAAAGUUCCAGAGGGCUUUCCAAGAUGGAGACUUUGAGUUUUGUCCUACACUUAGCAAAAAAUUGGCUCAUUCAUAUCAAAUGGCUCAUAGAAUUGCAGUUACUGAGCGUUUUCCCCCACCAAGUCGGCUUAAGUUCCUAAGCUAUGAGGACCUGCAGACCAGAAUGGCGAAUUUGGAUUCUGAAAUGGAAAGGGAAAUUGAUGAACUUCGCAGGAGAUAUCAAAGUAAACGACAGCCUAUCUUAGAUGCUAUGGACCAGAAAAGAAAAAGGCAGCAAAAUUUCUAAGAGUGGUUUGUGUACACAAAGCAGUGUUUCAGGUGAUAUCGUUCACUUGAGUGAAAUGGGGAAGAAAGGCUUUUUACUCACAUUGAGACUAACUUGACACAUCUGAAAGUGAGAGAAAGUAAGAUGUUACUAGGACAGAAUGUGAAGUUACUGUAAGAGAUAAGUGCAUCAUUAUGGAUAUAUUACAUUCUGUGUUAUAUCAUCUGGCAGUUUGACCCCAUUAACGAUAGGCCACACUGAAUAAAAAAAUUGAAAAAAAAAAAAAAUCCUUCACAUGCAACCUCAGUUCCUAAUGCAUAACAGAUGUGAUACUAUUUCAGUAACACCCUCUCCUCCACUUUCAUCCCUUCAUCUUCCUGUUGAACUGUUAAAAUACUAAAAUUACAACUGCUGUAGUAGCAAUGAUAGUAAUAUCAGGAGCAAUGACUACAGCAUAACAGUAAGAUUUUUAUUUUCCAUUUUGUCAUAUUUUGAAUAUUUGGUAAAUUCUUGGACGAAAGUGAUUAAACAAAAGGCAGUUUUUCAUUGAUGCACUUCAUUUUUAAUAAUUAUUUCAGUAUAGGGGAGAAUUAUCAGUAAUUUUCCUGUACUUGACUCUUUUGUAGAGCACAUUUCUUGACAGUGUUUGUUGUGCAUGUGGAACAUCUUGUUGAUUAAAGUGUUCAAACUGUAAAUGAACAACUUAUUGUAGACUUUGAGAGUUCUCUGUUGAGAUUCUAAACCUGUACUUCUGUGUAGGGAGAACAUUCAGUCUUUCAUCUGGAAGUGGGGUCAUUUACUUUGUGAAAUGUUGCGAAGUUGUAGUUUGAGAGAGAAACUUUGUUAUGGGUUAAAACUGAGAAAUGUUGUAACCUGCCUUUUAAAAUAUUUCUUCGACAUGUAUAGAGUUUAGUGUGUGUAAAAAUACGAGAACUGCAUUUUAAUACGUGCCUGUUUUGCAGGUUUUUGUGCCUGUUCACAAUUGACUUAGUGUCCUAUUUUUUUAUAUGGAUUAACAUGGUUCUGAUGUGUUCUGCAAAUACCCCUGUAGUUUCAUCAGACAGAGUCCAUAGCAAAAUAUUUAAGUCCAAAACAUUAGAUAUCAGUCACUUAAUCUUGUACCUGGACUUGCCUCACAAUUACAGUGCUACUCCAAAUUUUAUUCUUUAAAUUUAUCAUGUAAAAAGUUAAAUUUAUUGUGGUGCUCAGUAACCAUAAGUAAUAAUAUGGUUGAUGUAGUGGUUAGGUAUUGCGAUAGUGAUGUGAAAACUCAGCAAUAAUGGUUUCAUAAAAUGCCAUACCAGUACAUACCCCAUUGUUUCUAUGCAGUGGGGAUUGUUUAAUAGGAAGACACAGCAUCCUCCUGUUAACCUGUAAUGUAAAUGUGAAAGACUUUAGUUAUGAAAUGAUUAACUGCAUGAUUAGCAUAUUAGCUGUCACUGCUACUUUGAUUUUUCUUAUCUAAUCAGAAACAGCAUGAUGUGUAAUGUGUCAUUUGGCAGAAACUUAAUCAUUUCAUUAUUGAAUGAAUGAAUUUAUUUCACAUAUGUUGAAAGAAAUUAUAUAGGUAACAUCAAUAUGGAACUUUUGGAUGCUGUGCAGACAAAUACCUGUUGCCACAAAUCUGGAUGUCACAUCAUUCAAAUAAUUAAAAAAGUUUUAUGGGUAUUGGGUGAACUGCCUCAGGACCUGAGUUAUGUAAAUAGUAUUUGAAGACUGGUUAACCUUUAUAGUAAUGUGGCAAUAGGUUGCUUGCCCUGUAGAGAAUGAAAUAAUAGCUCUUUUAAAAUCACACAAUAGAAAAGAGAAACCAAUAUUUUCGACAAGUGUCUAUAGAUUGCCAUAUUUCUUAUCCCACUUUUUAUAAUGUAUAGCACAAGACAGUGUGAAAAAGUUGUGUGUGAGGUGUGAGAGAGAGAGAGAGAGAGAGAGAGAGAGAGAGAGAGAGAGAGAGCACAUGACUUGCCUAUAGAUCAUAACAAAUAUUUGAGAGUUAGUAUCUUGGCCACUAUAUUUUACAGUUAUUUCUGUAUGGAUUAUUUUAUGGACUUGAAAUGAUAAUAGUCCAUAUUGUAAAGUAGUUGUUCUUUUCAUUGUGACUUUACUUCUUAACAAGUGAUGUAAAGUUACUCUUGGUUGUAUUGUAAGGCGUCAAGAAAUUGUGGAAGUUUGGGUAACAUUUUUAGUAUUUUUUGUCUUUUAGAUACUGCAUUUUUGGGCCACAAGGGCAUGGUCUAUUAAAGUUGAAGACAGUGAUUUAAAGUUUCGUCACUAGCUUGCAAGUAGCUGCUCAUGUAUUGAGUAAUGCUGAGGCUGGGAACUUUUGUCAGCUUUAAUUCCUGUAGCCUCCUGCACUUGAUUCUCACAUAUUUAUAGAUUAUGUUGUAUUUCCACAUAAGCUAUCUCAGACUGCACAUUUGAAUUUUUGUGGGUAAGUGCUGGGAGAAAUACAUAGGUGAAUGUGUUGCCAACAGUGAAAAUAAGAACUGCUUUCACCAAUAUAUAAAUAGAACAGUUUUUUGUAAAAAUUAAGCACAGUAAGCAGUUUAUUCUGAUGGGCAGGUAAAACGAGACAUUUGUGCAGAGAUCCUUAUCUCAUCACCUCAGUGACACAUUAUUUUUGAAUGUCAGCCUAUGAUAUUACUUUGCUUUUACAUGCUUACCAGCUAUACAUUUCAUAUUAUUACGAUAUUAGUUAGCUUUUCACUUUAAGUCUUUCCCACUACACUGUUUGCCAUGGUGUUUGAUAGUGUUGCUAGAUAUAUUAGCGUGCAGGUGCAAGCUUAUUGCUUACUCCCAAUGGCAGGACAACUGUAGUGGUAGUUGUGUAGUGGUGAUUUAUAAUUUGAGAGAGUGGGAAAAAUUGAGUGAGGUAGUUAAUGAGACUUGGGAGAGGGGGUAGAGGUAUCUUCAGUUUUCUGGCACCUUCACUGCAUUAACUGUAACACUCAAUAAUAGUUUUAAAUAUUGACUACAUAAGCUCUGUACUACAUGUUAGAUAUAUGAAAGUUAAGUGAAAUGAGUACUGUAAAAGUGACAGCCAAAAAUAGUUUCUUACAUUUAAAUGGUGCAUAAAUUUUAAUUUGUUAAUGAAUUUCACCACCUUGGCACAAAUUUUUUGUCAAAUAUGAAAUUUGUAGGGAUCAAUUCAGCAGUGCAGUUACUGAUGUGUCUUCUAAGAGCAUAUUAAUCUGAUGUUAGUAGAUGGAUGGUGGCCAAUUCACCAAAGAAUAUGGGAGGAAAUGAUUCACCUAGCCUUGAUGGAUUUUGAAAUACUGCUACGCUGUUGCCAAAUACAUUAUCACUGAGAAGUGUACUGAAGUAUGAUUUGCCUCAGAAUAUGCAAGUAUAAAAUUGUGCGGUCUGCAUAAAAUACUUUCCGAUUGGACUUGACACUUCGAAGUGAGGCUUGAUAAGAUUUUUCAUUUUUUUUUCUUGUACUUCUCUUGUUGUGAUCUGCAGGUGAUUUGAUUUGAACUACAAUGUCCCUAAAAAAUUUCCUCAGGAUUGUAAGUGUUAACACUGAACCUGAGAGCAGCCUUAGAUGUACAACAAUCAUCAUAGAGUAUGCCCUCAGAUGUGCUUUAGUUUCAUUGUGUGUGUGUGUGUGUGUGUGUGUGUGUGUGUGUGUGUGUGUGUGUGUGUGUUAUAUUUGGAAAAAUCCACUUUGUGCAUGUAUCCAUUUUAAUUCUUCGUAACAAAUUUUUUGAACUGAUUACGAACCACAUUUACCUGGCAAAAUGUUCCAGUGUACCAGAAUCUCCAGAGUAAUAUCGUUAUUAACAGCAGUAGAAGUUAAAUAGUCUUAAAACAAAAUGUUCAGGGCUGUAUUUAUUUAAAAAAGUUGUUUUCAUGUUAUGAUCUAUUAAAAUAUUGUAAGUAAAAGAAUGUAUAACCUCAUAUUCUCUAGUUAUAUUAUUUUAUAUUAGUUCCAUUUCAGUAUCAGGUUAUUUUCAUUAGCAGCAAAAAUUGGAAAAAUCUGGUGACAUAAAUUAUCAUUAUUUGUGACUUAUUGAAAUGAAAUGUAAAAGAUGUUGUAUAGUGUGGUAUCAGAAUCUCAGUUUCUGUGUACCAUAUGUGAACAAAUUCUGGGAAAUACAUUGAAGCCACAGUCUUAAUACACUAGUGUGUACAAAUUACACUUUGGCAUGAAUUUGUGAUACUACUGCAUGAUAUCAACUAAACAAUGUGUUCCUGCUCAUUUAUGUCAGAAAAUCAUGUAAGUUCAUACAAACAUCAUGAAUAAUGUACAGUGUAAUAUUGGGAGUGUGAAUAUUUGUAGAAUAACUGUGUGCACUGUUCUAAAGUAUGUCAGAUUUGUUAAUUGUUUUUAAACAAGUGUGUUUCAUAAGCAUUAGGUUCCGUAAACAAUACGUUUUAUUACUUUGUGGAAGUAAAGUGGUUUAAUCUUUUUCCAAAAGAGAGUAGGACACAUCUUAAAAACUGUGGUGCAAUAUAUUUAUUUUAAUAAAGAAAUGUAUCAUGCUGUUAACAUUUUUGGAAGCAAAUGGGCCCAUUACUUUUUAAUUGCCCCAAAGCUGCAUACCAAUUAUUUCAAGGAAAUAAAAUAUUUUCUGACAAUUGUAGAUACAGUGGCUUUGUUGUAGUGUCUGACAGCAUGACCAUCUGUUAUCUUAAUGUGUGCCAUUCUAGUAUAAUAGAAAGCUCAAGAAAACAUUUAUCAUGAAAAGUUAUCAGGAUUUUUGUUGUGAAUUGAUCAGUUGAGAAGUAACAGGUAUUUGUAUUAUAGUUGUAAGAAAAAUUGUAUGUAAUUAACAAGUACUGUCAUGUGUAAAAAUGUCAUUCAGUUGAUGAUUACUUCUCAAUUGUAAAUACAUCACAAAUGGGCUUUUAAUUUUGCAUCAAGCCUGUUGUGGGAGUGCAACUUAAAGCACAAAUUGUUCAUUAAAUUUGACACAGGUAUUCUUUCUCCUCUGUGGGAGUGACUAUGUGACACAAUUACUUGUAAAUAAGAAUUUUUUAAAAAAUAUAUUAUUUCAAAUGUU